AGGGACUGGGCGAUUUAUUAAAAUAUAGGCGGGAAAAGAAGCGAGCUGUGAGAAAGAGCGACGCAGAGACACAACAGCAAUGGCGGACGAGAAACCCAAGGAAGGUGUGAAGACUGAAAAUAACGAACACAUCAACCUGAAGGUUGCGGGACAGGACGGCUCGGUGGUGCAGUUCAAAAUCAAGAGGCACACGCCGCUCAGUAAACUGAUGAAGGCCUACUGUGAACGACAGGGACUCACGAUGAGGCAGAUCCGCUUCCGGUUUGAUGGACAGCCCAUUAACGAGACGGACACACCUGCUCAGUUGGAAAUGGAGGACGAGGACACGAUCGAUGUGUUCCAGCAGCAGACAGGGGGCGUGAUGUAAAGCAGAGUCGAGUUCCGUUCCUCCACCGUUCCCUCCAUCAGUUGUUCAUGCUUACGUUUGAAGCGUCACGGCAAAACCACAGACUGAAACAUGGCUGCUCAGAUCCUCACAGACAGUGUUUAAUUUCUCUCUCACACACUCCCCCCCUCUCUUUCUCGCUCUUUCCCUCUUUAUAGUUGUUAUAUGGAACAUUUUUCACCCUCUGUUCUGACCCACGUGGACCUGUGACCAAGAAACCCUAAAACCAUGUUGAUCAGGGCGUUGUAUGUUUAUUUUUGUUUUAUUUUUCUUUUGUCGUCAUUGUUGUUGUUUUCCACUAUGAAUGACCUUCACAGUUUUUGUUUUAUUCACGUUUCAGCUUUUAUAUCUUUUAUAAAUGUAGUAGUUCUCUUUUUUGUACCUUCUCAGUUUUAUUCAGCCACAUAUACAAUGUGCAGUGUUGAGAAAGUAGAUUUUUUUUUGUGUCCUAAUAAAACAGUUGUAUAAAAUUAACCACGGCCUGAGGUUUGAGUCCUGCACGUUAAGGUGGGGGGGGGGGGGGGUGUUAAUUGUCCAUAAUGUUAAUUGUCCAUGAUUUACACCACAGUGUUGUUAAAUUGUGGAUUGUGAUUGGUCAGAUGUCACCUAGUUACAAAAUGUAGCAAAGAACUGUUUUUUUUUUUUAACCGUUACAUUAAAAAAAAUUUUGAUUCAAUAUUAAA